UUUCUAUACUUUAUUUUUUUCUAAUUCCAUGCUUGCACGCAUCUGAAGCUCGUCGUUGAGAUGUGUGUAUACAGACCCAAACUAUUAAACUGGAUAGGUUCAAUUAUCUAGCCUUAUUACUUGCACGUCUCAGCAACCAAAGAAUUAUUUAACAGGGCAGGCUAACGGAAGAAGAAGAACUGAGAGAGCUGCAACCAUGAUGGACUUGGUUGAUGUUUUAUGCCGCGUCUAUGCACGCCAUGCUGACCGUCGGAUGUCGCCACUGGUGGCGUCCACGCGUACGAUUUCGUUGACGGGUCCUUGCCAUUCGCGCCCCACCAUCACGUCCGUCCAUCUUCCAUCGUGGAUAUAAAAAUCCAGGGAUUGGAACCCGGAAAGACAGACAGGGAGAGAUCUCCUUAUAAUUAAAAUAACAAAAUAAACAGGAAAACGAAAAUAAAACUGAAUUUAAUACCCAGCUCAAGUCCGGUUCCUUCUCCGUGCUGGGAGGGUGGCGGACGCAGCGGCAGAUCCCGACAGAGAGAAAAAAAACCGAUCCCAGAAAGACCGAGCAGGCGAGAGCCCAUGCCUGUUUCUCCGCCUCCGCCGGCCUAGGAUAAGCUAACGUUCGCCGUGGAUGGGCCAGUCCUCCUCGACCCCCUGCCACCGCCGUCCGAAACUCCCCUUUGCCGCCGCCCGGCCGUCCGCCGCAAUGAUCCCGGCGGCCGCCAUCUUCACCGGCCCCGCACGGGAUCACACGGCCGACCUCCCCGACGAGUGCCUCGCCCUCAUCUUCCAGUCCCUCGGCUCCGGCGACCGCAAGAGGUGUUCCCUCGUCUGCCGUCGGUGGCUCGCCGUUGAGGGCCAGAGUCGUCACCGCCUCGCCCUCGACGCCCGUGCCGCCCUCCUGGAAGCCGCCGCCGCCCUCUUCGGCCGCUACGACGCCGUCUCCAAGCUUGCCCUCAAGUGCGACCGCCGCUCCGAUAGCAUCGGCGACGAGGCCCUCGCUCUCAUAUCCCUCCGCUGCCCCAAUCUCACCCGCCUCAAGCUCCGCGCCUGCCGCGCCAUCACGGAGCGCGGGAUGGCCGCGCUCGCCAAGCACUGCCCUAACCUUCGCAAGCUCUCCUGUGGCUCCUGCACCUUCGGCUCCAAAGGCGUCGAGGCCGUCCUCCAAGGGUGCGCCUUCCUCGAGGAGCUCUCCAUCAAGCGCCUCCGCGGCCUUUCCGACGCCUCCGCCGACCCCGUCGGCCCCGGCGCCGCCGCUGCCUCCCUCCGCUCCGUCUGCCUCAAGGAGCUCUACAACGGCCAGUGUUUCGCCCCCCUCAUCGCCGGCUCCCCCAACCUCAAGAUCCUCAAGCUCUUCCGAUGCUCCGGCGACUGGGACCGCCUCCUCGGGGCCAUCGCCGACGGCGUCCCCGGGAUUGUCGAGAUCCACCUCGAGAAGCUCCAGGUUAGCGACCUUGGCCUCGCCGCCCUCUCCUCCUGCGCCGAUCUCGAAGUCCUCCACCUUGUGAAGACCCCCGAAUGCACCGAUGCCGGCCUCGCGACCCUCGCCGACAAGUGCCGUCUCCUCCGGAAGAUCCACAUCGACGGGUGGAAGACGAACCGGAUCGGCGACGAAGGCCUCAUGGCCGUGGCCCGGCGGUGCCCCAACCUUCAAGAGCUGGUCCUGAUCGGGGUCAAUCCGACGACUUUAAGUUUGGGGCUCAUCGCAAGCAAUUGCCGUAACCUUGAGCGCCUCGCCCUUUGUGGCAGCGAGACCUUUGGGGACGCCGAGAUGUCCUGCAUCGCUGCUAAAUGUGUGGCUUUGAAGAAGCUCUGCAUCAAAGGAUGCCCGGUUUCGGACCAGGGGAUGGAGGCCCUCGUGGAGGGGUGCCCGAAGUUGGUCAAGGUGAAGGUGAAGAAGUGCCGGGGAGUGACGCCUGAGUUUGUUGACUGGUUAAGAGGGAGCAGGGCAACACUGGCUGUCAACUUGGAUCUUGUUAGCCCGAUCGAGCAACCAGAUGCGACAUUAAGUGAGAGUGGAAUUCUAGAUAAUGGCAACGAGCAGCUUCCAGCGAUGGUGGAUCAGAUUGGCUCUGUGGAGCUUCCGUCGAGCAGUAAUGGUCGGUCAUGUCCUUGGAAGGCUAGGAUGGGUUUUCUGGCGGGGAGGAAUUUCUUCGCCUCCACUUUCAGGCGAUGGUCUCAUGGGAGCAGCAAUCCACACCACUCAUGAAAAAAAGGGAAAGAGAAGAACUCUUUCUUUUGCUGUUUACAUUUUUAGUAUUUGCAUCUGUAUGUUAAUCAGCUUCUUCAUAAUUUAGGCUGGUGCUCUGUCAUUAUUGUUGGUGAUAUGCUGAUCGUUGCUGUCUUCUGGAAUUGAAAUAUAGGUAGUUUUGUUGCCUAAAGUGGUUGAUCAUUGCUUCUUUCUAGCAUCAUUCCCCCCCCUGGACUUCUUUGAAUUGUUUAUGUUAUGUUUAUUCAAACUUUUUAUGUUUACAAAAA